GCUCUUUGUUUCAAAACUUCCCUCGUUCAUCCAUCCCAUCAUUUAUAUUUGUCCUGACGAUGGCGUCUAUUUAUCGAUAAUCAUCCUGCCUCUUCCUUUGGCGAUUGCAUUACUAUACGGUCCUGCGCCUUUCUCCAAUGCCUGCGAUUACUUCGUGAUGGGGAAGCUCGGUGACUUGUCUCCCCAAGGGAGUGUCGCGGUCGGAGUGUUGGUCGGGUUGAUCUCGACCAGUGUCCAGGCUAUCGGUCUAACCCUUCAGCGCAAGUCGCAUAUCCUCGAAGACGAAAAGGAUCCGUACGAAAUACGCCGACCUCCGUACAAGCGUCGAAGAUGGCAGCUGGGCAUGCUGAUGUUCGUUGUAUCGAAUAUCGUCGGGAGUACGAUCCAAAUCACCACCCUUCCGCUCCCGGUUCUCUCGACUCUUCAAGCCUCCGGUCUCGUUUUUAAUACCAUUUUCGCUACCGUGAUACUCGGUGAAGCAUUUACCAGAUUCUCCUUACUCGGUACGAUCCUGGUCUGCGUCGGCGCGAUACUGAUCGCCACGUUUGGCGCAAUUGGGGAGCCACCGCAUACGUUGGAUCAGUUAUUACUACUCUUGCAGCGCCGUCCGUUUAUACUAUGGGUCGUUGGAACCGUCAUCCUCAUGCUGGGGAUCCUAGCGGGGUCUCGAAUGCUGAGGCUUCUCUCCUCUUCACCUCGUUGGAGGCAUUCGAGUGCACGGCAUCUACAGGUGGUCCAUAGUCGCAUCCGGCUCGUACGGGGAAUGUGUUUUGGUCUGGUUAGUGGAAUUUUGUCGGCCCACACCCUGCUUCUGGCCAAGUCGGCUGUUGAGCUGCUAGUCCGCACUAUCGUAUACCGCACAAACCAGUUCAACCGAUGGCAAUCAUGGAUAAUUCUGAUUAGCGUCAUCGCUUUGGCCCUCUCCCAGCUGUUUUUCCUCCACCGCGGUCUGAAGCUUUGCAGUACCAGCGUGCUCUAUCCUUUUGUGUUUUGCAUUUACAACAUCAUUGCUAUAUUGGACGGUCUCAUCUACUUUCGACAGGUGUCCGAUUUGGGCGGACUCCGCGCGGGACUUAUUGCUCUUGGUACCGUUAUUCUGUUGAACGGAGUGCUUUGUCUUUCGUGGCGGUUAGAAGACAUUGACAACCAUGCUGCUGUUACCGUGGUUGGAUCUUCGCAGACAGGCUUAGGGCCGGGAAUGGCCGUCAUGGAGGAGAAUCAUCUGCAUGGGUUAGGAUUGGAUGGCGAGGAAGGCCAACCUGGCGAGCGCCAGCCGCUUCUACAGGCAGCUCCUCCGCAGCGCAGGUCUAGUCAUCGACGAACGCCCAGUCUACCAUCCUCAUUUGCGCCUACGCAACAUCGGAGCUCCACUCCCGGCUUGGAUUCGGCUUCAAUAUGGGCAGAGCUCGACGACUCGGAUUAUCCGGAGUCGUCGAAUUUCCGACCGUCACCUUUCUAUCGUCCGACUAACACAAUCCCAGCGCGACCACGAAGCAAAAGCGGUACUUAUGCAACACUGCGAGACGGCGUGUUGCGCCGAUCACAACGCUCGACUACCAACCCUCUCCUCAAUUACCGAAACUGGGAUCCACGCCGGAUUCCCCCGUCCGUCCGCGAGAGCAAAUCGCAGCAGAGAUCACCUGCAUCGGAGAGUGCAAGCUCGCCUCUAAAGUCGCAGUGGGAAUCCAACGGUACCAACGUUGGCUACGGCACCCAAGAUGCACGAAACGACCAGCUCUUCCGCGGGUCACAACAACCAACACCAGAACAACAACCUGAUCCUAAUAACGAACCCGCUCCUAGAGUCCGCUUCCUCGCUGGCUCGAGGAACCCUCUAACUAAUGCCUGGAGAACCGGAGUUCGAUUCCUUUCUCGCUGGUCCGGUCAGCAACAGCAAGCGGGGAAUGACCGUGAACGCUCCCCGGAUCUUGAGGGUCGCGGUCCUGCGCCGUCGUGAGUAUCUUUUGGCGGUUUGCUUGGAUGUUUAAAUUUAUUUAUAUAAUUACAUACCCUAUUAUAGAUUAUCAAUACGAAUACCCUUGGCUUGUACAGUAUGGACGGAGUAGAUAGAUCGGGUUUCUAGUUUGGCUUGAAUAAAUUGAUUUCUAGAGUGGAUUUCAAGUGAAUUAGCUACUUGCCAAAUAGAUUCCUGGUUUAGAUAUACUUCGAGGCCUGUUGAUGGGAUGUCACUG